CAGUAUUGAGAGAGAAAGGAGCGAACAUGGAGGAUGGCAACUAUGUCGACGGGAGCUACUUCUUCUACGCUCCGAAUAAGGGAGCGCCCAUCUUCUUCGCUGUAGCGUUUGCUGCAUCUGGCAUAUUGCACUUUUGGCAGAGUUAUCACUAUAAAUUCUUCAAAGUCACUGCCCUAUACUCCUUUUGCUGUCUGCUCUUCACAGCUGGCUUCGCCGUCCGCACGUACGGCGCAUGGCACUACGAUAACCUCAACGUCUUCAUCGCGAGCGUGUGUCUCAUCUACGCAGCUCCACCCCUCCUCGAACUAGCAAACUACAACAUCCUCGGCCGCGUCCUCUACUACGUCCCCUACUGCUCCCCCCUCCACCCAGGCCGCGUCCUCAGCACCUUCGCCUUCUUCUCCAGCAUCGUCGAGGCGCUGAACGGGUGGGGCGCAUCCUACUCGGCCAACCAGUCCCUCACGCAGCGGGAGAUGGAGACGGGCCACGCGCUCAUCAAGACGAGCCUGCUCCUGCAAAUCUUUGUGAUUGCCUGCUUCGUCGCGCUCGCCGUCGCCUUCCAGCGGCGGUGCGCCGCCGCCGGCAUGGCGUCUGUACGCGGAGUAAAAAGUCCGAUGGUGACGCUGUACGUGAGCGUCGGGUUGAUAUUGGCGAGGACGCUGUUCCGGGUCGUGGAGUACUUUGGGGUCGCGAAGGUGAGGUUUGAUGCGGAGACGGAGGUGGGGGAUGCACCUGCCGCGAUACGGUAUGAGUGGUUCUUUUACGUGUUUGAGGCGAGUUUGAUGCUGGCGAAUGUGUGCAUGUUUAAUGUGCGGCAUCCGAGGCGGUAUUUGCCCGAGAGGUAUACGGUGUAUCUUGCUACCGAUGGGGUUACGGAGGUGGAGGGGCCCGGGUGGAAGGAUCCGAGGGCGUUUUGGGUGACUGUUGUUGAUCCGUUUGAUUUGAGGUGGUUGAUUAGGGGGAGAGAUCGUGGGAUGGAGAGGUUUUGGGAGAGGGAUGGUGGUGAGGUUCGAGUGGAGGGGGGUAGUGGGAAGGGUACUGUUUGA